AUGGCAGGGCCCAAUUUGGAGCUGUUCAAAUUCGGUUUGUACCUCUUCUUCCCUCUUGCUGUCAUGGUGCACUAUGGAGAUCCUCAGUGGUACGCUGAUCAUGUCAGACCCGUGAGUAGCCUCUGAGCUUGUCCGGCGCAAAACCACUUGCCACCCGCAAAGCAUUCGAGAUGCCGGGGCGGCGUGUAUCAUGCUCAGAGGUCGUCAAAACGGCGCACACUAG